UCUGUGUUUUAUUCUGUUUUUAGAGCAGCAGCGUCACAUGUUGUUUUUCUCCAGGAUCAGAUCGGUCUGGUCCCUCUGCACUGUUGCAUCUGACAGCGGACACAGCUAUCGGUGUCUGCCAUGGAUUUGAUUUGAAAACGGGUGAUAUUUUAAGUUUUUUCCUGCUUUUCUUUUUUCCUCUAAAGGACUUUGCUUAUCUGGAGUUUGAGAGGUGAAGCGGAGAGAAAUGGCAAGUCCUCCAGCGACGGGAGGACACCUGUUAUCUAACGGGACGACCGGAGUGAAGAAGUGCGGGUACCUAAGGAAGCAGAAACACGGACACAGACGCUUCUUCGUGCUCCGGGAGGCCACCGAGCGCUACCCCGCCAGGUUGGAGUAUUACGAAAGCGAGAAGAAAUGGAGGAACAAGUCCGCGGCGAAACGGGUCAUAACUUUGGACUCCUGUCUGUGCGUAAACAAACGAGCUGACGCCAAACACAAGCACCUCAUCGCCCUCUACACCAAGGACGAGUACUUCGCUGUGGCUGCUGACAACGAGCAGGAGCAGGAGAGCUGGUACACUGUGUUGACUGAUCUAAUAGCCGAGGGGAAAGUGUACGACAGCCCCGCUUCCACUUCCUCUUUGGUGGGCUUUGAAGAAUCCAGCUAUGGACUUAUUACUCCUGCAACAGCUGCCUAUAAAGAGGUAUGGCAGGUCAACUUGAAAUCCAAAGGCUUGGGUCAAAUUAAGAACCUCACUGGAGUGUACAGGCUGUGUUUGUCCAGCCGGACCAUCAGCUUUGUGAAACUGAACUCAGAAACAGCUGCUGUGAGUUUACAGCUCAUGAACAUUCGGAGAUGUGGCCACUCGGACAGCUUCUUCUUCAUAGAGGUGGGUCGGUCAGCGGUCACCGGGCCUGGGGAGUUCUGGAUGCAGGCAGAGGACUCGGUGGUGGCGCAGAAUAUCCACGAGACUAUUCUGGAGGCCAUGAAAGCCAUGAAGGAGCUGUCUGAGUUUAGGCCACGCAGCAAAAGCCAGUCCGCCAGCACUAACCCCAUCUCUGUGCCCACACGGCGCAACCUCAACAACCUCCCCCCAAGCCAGACGGGCCUGGUUAGGAGAUCCAGAACAGAUAGCAUGGCAGCCACGUCCCCAGGGAGAAAGUUUACUUCCUGUCGGAUAAGGACGGCCAGUGAGGGGGAUGGAAGUGUGACCCGGCCUGUGUCCAUGUCCAUAUCUGUGAAUGGAAGUCCAACCAGUCCAAACUCCGGAAAUCUCAGCAGGUGUCACACCCUCAGCAGUGGGCGCACCUGCAGGAUGCUAGAGUCCUCCUCUAACUUGCAUCACAGCCGGUCCAUGCCUGUGUCCAACUCCCCUCCAGCCGCCUCCAGCCCCAUUAGUAUGUCUCCCAGAGGGGGCGCUAUCGUCAGCACUCCGGACAAAGCAAGGCGACCCUUCAGCUGCAGCGCCUCCAUCUCUGGAUCCCUCAGUGACACUGGUUUUAUGCUCUGUGACGACUACAGCUCAAGCCCAGGUGAACCCAAAUUCCUCCCCUUGACCCGCAGCGACACCCCAGAUUCUCUGUCCAGCACGCCCCCAUCCCGUGACAUCAGUGACCCCUGUGGUUACAUGAUAAUGGAGGGAUCAAAUGGCAGCAGGUCCGGGCUCAGCAGUGAAAGUCUUGCGUUUGACAAAGCUUACAGGAAGCGGACACACUCCCUUACUACACCACGUCAACAAAGGGUGGUGGCGCCGUUGUCCUCGGCCUCCCUUGAUGAGUACACCCUCAUGAGGAUGGCCCAUGGGCAGAACUCCCACUCUGCCUCACCCAAGGUGUGCUACCCAGAGGAUUAUGGAGACAUCGAAAUCGGUUCAUCCAGGAGCUCCAGUAGUAACCUUGGAGACGAUGGCUACAUGCCAAUGACACCAGGUGUAGCUUCCCAGUCAGUUAAGGUCGACAACUACGUCCCCAUGAGCCCUAUGUGCGUCUCAGCACCGAAACAGAUUGUGAACCCAAGGGUGCAUCCACAGGCCGCUGCCAAUGGCGGGUACAAAACCAACUCCCCCUGCAGCAGCUCUCUGGAGGACAAUGGCUACAUGAGAAUGUGGUGUGGAUCCAAGUCAUCUAUUGAGAGCCCGGACAGGCAUGGUGAAUACAUGAAUAUGUCACCUGGGAACCCACCACCACUCCAAACCCCACCUGACUACUACCUGGGCCUUCUGGCUGGCGACCACGCAUCAGUUCGGCCGUCUUACCACGCCGGUUCCCUUACACUUCCUGCUAAACUUCAAGCUCCCAAGAACGACGAAAGCAACCAGUACGUGUUGAUGAGUCCUCAAAGUUUGAGGCAAAGGUCGGGGGAGUCGGACUAUUACUCAGUGAUGCACCCCAGUCAGACCUCACCUCUGAGCCCUUCAGUCCCUUCCCCAGUCAGGCACAGCCGGGCAGAAAGCCUGCCUUACAGAGGGAGGCUGGGCAGACCUAAUAGGCUAUCUCUGGACACCUUGAGGACCCUACCUAGCAUGAACGAGCACCCUCUUCCAGGGGAACCUCGCAGCCCUGGUGAAUACAUCAACAUUGACUUUAGCAGCACCAGAUACUCCCCACCCUCCACUGUAUCAACAGAAAGCCAGUCUUCAUCACUAGGAUCCAACAGCGGGGGGCCAGGGAGGUCGUCUCUAACAGACUAUAUGAACCUGGAGCUGGGCUCGCACUCACCUAAAGAGGCUGACACUCCUGCUGAGCGCUUGGACACACUUCAAGAGUUAUCCAUGUGCCCCUGCUCGGAGGAGGAUGGAGUGUACCAUCUUGUGGAUCACGAAAAGGGGUCUCAGGGCCUCAGUGGUGAUGUGAAAAAUGACUACACAGAGAUGACGUUCGGGAUGACCAGCUCACCUCCACAGCUUGUUCCUCAGAACACAGCAAGCCAGAUGAGCAGAGACAGGAGACCGUCUCUGGAGGACCAGGGUGUCCCAGAAAGCAUUGGGGUCUUCCUGCUCAGUGCCCCAACUUCCUCCACACUGGACCCCGACUGCUCAGCCAAGGUGAUCCGCGCCAAUCCGCAGGGCCGCAGGCGCCACAGCUCCGAGACUUUCUCCGCCACCGCCACGGUGACACCGGUGUUCCCCUCCUUCGCCCGCGGGGACACGGUGAAGAGGCACAGCUCGGUGGAGAACAUCUCAUCCCGGAGCAGCGAGGGCUCCGACGAGGAGUAUGGCAGCCCCUUGAACCAGCAGAGCUCGGCCGGGUACCCCAACGGACUCAACUACAUUGCCUUGAACCUGCUGGACAACAGGGACAUGGAGAAAUGUGAGGACUUGGCUGGCUUCAAACCUGCCAGCAGCUGCAAAGGUGGCAUCAAUGGAUUACACAGCUCACCAUAUGUCUGCUUGGGAUUCAAGGAGGCUGCAACUACUGCCAAAGACUGAAGGACUUGUCUAUCCUUGGACUUGGCGUCUUCACUGAACUGCUGCUCAAGAAAAAGAAAAAAGAAAAAAAAAACUCUGCCCUGCCACUGGGCUCUGUGGCCCUAAAAGACUGUCUGGACCCUCAGCUACACUUACACAUGCACUAAUGCAUAAACACUCUUCGGAAAACAAGCAGGUCACCAUCUAUGCAUGUCAUGAAUUCGCUGAAGGCCGGACAGGUGUGUUUGUGUAUGUGUGUCGGUGGAUGUGUGUGUUCCCCUGCGCUUUCAGAGGCCGUCUUUGCUGCUGACCCAAAUUUUGGCACAAGCACAGAAAGCAAAGAUACUCAAGAUAAUAACGAAACUCUAAUGGUACCCAGAUACUAUUUAUUCACUUGAGGGCAGUUUUAAAACUGCCUGUAUGUGUGCGAGUGUGUUACGGAGACAAAGUACGACCAAGCUGUGUGUCAGUGAAAAAUAAAACCUACUAUAAAAACGGCCCAGGGAGCGAUGAUACCAAGGUACACUGAGUAAAUAACUAUAUUUAGAUUAGAUAUUUUAUUUAUUUUUGAAAGAUGAAUGUCUGAUAAGACCUACCCAAUGCCUUAAUGUAUACUGUCCUUAUGUUUUCUAUGAAACAAGAGAUAAAUAUUCUAUUUCAGUAUGUCUGUUUGGACCUGCAUCUCUAUAUUGUUAUGUUGUGGAAAGUAAGAAGCCUAGCUUACCAUAAAAAUAUGAUUUCGGAAUUGUACAGUACAGUGGGGCUGCUUGAGAUCUGAUUUAUCGUAUUAAUAUUAAAGUAUUUUCUUAAUUAAUAAUUUCUUAUUUAUUCUAACCAAGUUUAUUUUUGUCCAAUCACAGAGCUGGACUUAAAGAGAUAUAUUUCUAAAUGUCAAUAAGAGUUAUGCAUGUCUUUAGCUCAGACCCCACAACACCAGGCAUCUGAAUGCACUGUACCUCCCACAGUUCCUCAGUCACUUGAGCCUGAAAACCUCACACACUCCUACCUUUAAACCUAUGGCCUGGCUCUUUAACUCGAUACAGGCUGCCCUGCUGUGAUAUCAUUUGAGGGUACAACUGCCUAGUUUCGGUGAAAACAGAGGGGUGGAGCUGGCAAACAAAUGUCGAAGUUGGGGCACAGUCGAGACACUUUCUGAUCAGGCAGUGAGGGGGGGGAAGGGUGCUGCCAAGAAGGCAGUGCAACAAAGAAAAAGCAGAGGAAGAGAGGCCAACAGCCACAUCUGGCACCAUCAUGGAGGUUCAAUGGAGAACCAGCUGUUUAGAAAAUAGAACUUGUAUCGCUUACAGCAUAAAAAAAAUCUCUUCCAGCUGUAGAGGAUGUUAUAUAAUUAUGCUUUAGCACAAGUUAAAGCAAGAAAAUAUAACUGUGACAAAUAUUUAGCAAAAUACUGAAACACAGUGCAGAAGUAGCAAAAGCUGAAAGGUCUUAACUUGUCACUGAAGUAAUAAAGUAGUUAAAAAGCAACUACUGAAUGUUUGCUUACAUUAGCCAACAUCAGGCAAUGGCUAAGAUUAGCUUACAGUAGCUAAUUAGCUCAGUUAAACCAAACAAACUCAUGGGAUGAAUAACCUGGCAAACAGUGUUUAUUCCUUCAAUUACUUGGACAGAAAUUUAAUAGGACAUAAUUGGAUCUCCUUUUGAAGUUAGCCUUUAUGCCUUUAGCAUAACAGCAGCCUCUGUGGUUAAAGCAUUUAAAUCAAAUGAAUGCUAACGUUUGGUCUCACACUAGUCACGGUCGCACACUUAUAAAGUAAGCCAACUAUCUUAGUAACCGCUAUAUCAAAAGUUGGCUAUGACGGACUUAAGCUAACUUAAGCUUAACUUGACUACAGUCAGCUAAUGUUAGCUAACACAAGUAAUGGCAGGUUGUUUUUAUAGCUAGUGAGUUCAACUUUUUGUAUAGGCUAAGGCUGAACUAUAUGCUACUAAUACUUACUCAAACAUGCAUACUGCAUGCUAAGCUAACAUUCUGUAUGUUGUUUAACCCUUCAAAGGGCACUGUAACCACAUUCUAUCUGUAGUUCCACUCUAAGCUUAGUUGGCCAAGCUAGCAACAAGCUAGCAUGGCCGUUGGUCCAUAAGCAGAGUUCACCAACAACUAAGUAGACAUUUUAGUGUUAUACUACUACUACAUAUUCAGACUACAUACUAAGGUACUAUGCUAUCCCACCAUAAAAGUCCCUUAUUUCCACCUCAUGUGAUUUUAUUAGUAACUUAUUUACAAUACAAGCUUUGACAACUUAGCUAGCAACAAGCUAGCAUGACCGUCAGUCCAUAAGCAGAAUUCAACUACUACGUGGAUAUUUUAGUGUUAACAUACUACUACUACAUACUCACACUACAUGCUAAGCUAGUAUGCUAACCAAACAUAAUAAAAAGUCUCUUAUCUCUGCCUCAUGAGACUUUAGUAAAGGCUUAUUUACACACUGCUAAGCUAGCAACAAGCUAGCUUGACUGUAACAACAGUUAAAACGUAAUACAGUAUGGUUGAAAUCUUGGGAUUUCUUGCAUUGUAUGAGUUUGGAUUGUGCUGCAUACUCGAUGUGAUGUCAUAUUUAGUUUGAAAAAAAUGAAACUGUUUUUUCUUGACAUAGCCAAAGAUUUGCUACUUCAUGAGUUAGCCCUCUUUAAUCAAAAGAAAAUCACAAAUUAUUAGCUACUAGGGAAAUUAUUGUCAUGAACGCCUAAAACAAGAUGCUCGCCAACAGCUUUGAACCUCUGAAAUGGACGCCAGAUGUUUUUAAAAGCAUCCUGACUGUGUGGCGAUUUCCACUGUGCCGACUCCAGCUGGCUCACGACCCCUUUAGUGUACAGUAGAUUGUAAAACUUUAAACCAUGUCUGAAUGUAUCGCUGAGCUGGUGUGAGCACCACAAAAACACAAUGUGGGAAAUGUUUUUUCACAGAGACGUGUAAUAUUGGAGCUGUACCACGCGAAGUUGUGGUAUCUAUUUAUCUUUAGAGUCUUGAAUGUGUAUAUUGUGUACAUAAGAGAGUUUAACUAAAAGAAAUCUAUUGAAAAUAAAUAGAGUACUUAGAUUUUACCUAUGUUGCAAUGAUAUUCCUGUGUAAAGACUUUGGCUACAGAUUUUUCAAAGGGGGUGGGUUUUUGCUUUGGGCUUGUACAGUGUAUUGUAUGCUUUUCUCCCUCACAGUCUGAUUAUAUGACAAAAUACUCUGUCUAUUUUAUUAUAGAGAUCUCUUUGCCUUGUCGACACACUUUACCUAACGGCAUAUGCAAUAGUGACAUGAAUACAAUCUAGUUUACAACUGUGGAACCAAAUGUACCAUUGCAUUCAUGUUUUUUUUUUUUUGUGUGUCGAGCAGAAGCUGUUUUUGCUCCUUGUACAUUUCUCUCUGUCUGCCAAGUGUUUUGUUUUUGUCGCUGGGAACUUUGUUCUUAACACGUCUCAAAGCGCUUAUCCCCCAUUUCUGUAUCCAUGAGCGGACUCUUGUUUUACAGAUUGAUCUUCAGUCUGAAUGUGUCAUUGUCUUCCAUUGUACAUAGUUCAAUAUACUGUUUAUUGUGAUGCUCACAUGAGAUGAUUAUAAUGAUUUAUAAAUUCUGGUAGUCGAGUAUUGCUUUCGUCUGUAUUGAUUAUGGAUAGCAACCUACAGAAAUAAAUGAAUUUAUUUAAAGAGA